UCUGCUUUCAACACUCAAUUCCACAGAUCAAAGUUUAGCUACAAUUAAUUAAAGCAAUAUGGAUGCUCUAUCUUUAAGCUCAAACUCAAGCAUAAGCAUUUCCAAGCCAUUUCAUUGCCUUCCAAACUCUAGUAAACAGCAAAGAGCUUCUCAGGUGAAUUUUGCAAUUUCUUGCAGAGGAGCUACAAAGCUAAAGGAAGAAACCACCCAUGGAAACCUCUAUAAAGUGUUGUCCUUGAAACCCGGAAGUGCUAUGGAUGAGAUAAAGAGAGCAUACAGAUCAAUGGCUCUUCAGUACCACCCUGAUGUGUGCCAUGAUCCUUCCAUGAAAGAGGAGUCAACGAAGAUGUUUGUUCAGCUAAAUGAAGCUUACAAGACACUGUCAAAUCCCCUGCUUAGAGCAGAGUAUGACAGUGAAAUUGAAUUGGAUUUCAGAAGUGAAACCAAUAUUGUUAGGGAUGAGGGAUUGAGAAAUAUGUGGCAGGAGCUUGUGGUUGAUGAUUUGAAUUUGAAGACAAGGUCUCGCAGACGCAUGGGACAGAAAGGGGUAUCAGGGAGCAGCAGAAUGAGGACAAGAACAUGAAAAACAGGAACUAAUUUUCUUGCUCUGUGUCUGAGUUUGUUGCUAUUAAUGUCACCAUAAUGUUAAAUUGGUUUAGUUUUAGGCAAUGAUUCUUUCAUGUAUAUUUUCUUAGCAAAUUAAUAUAGCAAUUCUUUUAGCAAACAA